AUGUCCUCUGCUCUUAUCGCCAAUAUCCUCGCGAAGGUAGAGGUUGAGGUGCGCCAGCGCCUGCGCAGCACGGCUGCCUCGACGACGCCGGGUCCCUCCCCUGCCGCCGCCCCGCUCACCUCGCUCUCGCUCCUCACUUCAGAGGACUGGAGUGCUGUGCGGUGCUCGCUUAGAGCAGACCCCACUUUCCCACCCUCCGCUGCCGGCGCAACGAAUAAGGUGGAAGGUACAUCGGCAAGCCUCCAGCCGGUAGUCGCCAGUGAGCUGCUGCGGUACGUACAGAUGCGGUGCGCAGAGCUGCCCAUGCGUCUUCAGAUUGAGGCACUACAGGCACGCCGCUACGAGCACCUCCUGCGCCAACACACGCGCGAGCUCGUCACCCUCAGCGAGUACAUGGCACUGGUCAGUCGCACCCCACCCACGCUGGCGGCGGUGCCGCGAGGCGUUUCAGAGCCCACACCGAAUGUGGCGCAGCUGCCGGUAGACGUGCGUGCACUGCUGGCAGAGGAGGAGAUGGGGCCACGCCUCGAGCGAUGCAGGGUUCGCAUCCGCGAGCUAGAGACGAUGGCACGGCAGGACGCAGAAGCCAAGGUGCGAUGCUGUCAACGAAUGGUGCUUCUCAGCGAGUUUGUCCGUGCGUUGGUGCGGCACGUUACGGCAGACGUGCUCACGUGCAAAGGGGCACCGAAGUGCGAUGGCGCAACCGUGACGAAGCGGCCUCGUACUGAGCAGUCCGCAUGA